UUUUUGGCGAACUUAUGAGUAUAGAUGAUGUUGACCUUGGUAACCGUUAGUCAUACAAAACAACCUACAAGUUAGCUUGUGCUAUGAUUGGGUCUCAUAACAAUAAUGAUGAUAAUGAUCAAGAUAUUAAAGAAGAUCUUUUGAAGAAUGUCAAAAUACAAGUAAAAAUGCUUAUGGAAGAAGCUGUCAUCCGUGGUUAUGUUCAUGAAGAUAGUGAAACAAUUGGUAAACUGUGUUCAUCCGUUGAAGCGGUACUUCUUUAUGGAGUACGUCGAAGUAUAUUCACAUGGAUAGAAGAAGAAUCCACUUAUGUAUUAUGUCAAAAAAUAGCAAAAUUUUGUCCAGAAGCUCAACAUACAUUAAAUCGCAUAGAUUAUUAUAAACAAACUAUUUUAAAGAAACGUAAUGAUUCUGAUAUAAAACGUAAUCUAUCUUCAUUACAUCAUAAUAAUACAAUGAAUAAAUCAUUUAUAUUUAAUGAAAAAUCAUCAUCAUCAAUGAAUUUCACAUUUUGGUUAAAUGAUAAACGUAAUAAUCUAUUAAUAAAUGGUCGUCCUGAUACUUUCUUUCAAAAUUUUUGGAUUCGUGUUGCUAUUUAUGAAAAAGUAUUAGAUAAAAUUGUCAAAUUUUUAGCUGAUAAUACAUUACAAUAUUACGAACCAUAUUCUGUUAUUGCGGAUCCAUGUUAUGGGCAAUUGAUUAGUGAUCUAUUGCGUGGUCCAUGUACCAUUGAUUAUUCACAUACACGAACAACAGAUCAUCUAUAUACAGAUCCAUCAAUUUCUGAAUUAAUACAACGUCGUGGUAUUUAUAGUAGUUUAAUGUCUAAACAAUUGACUUAUAUACCACCAAUUAGUAGUCAACAAUUAUUAAAUCAAUCCAUUCAACAAUCUAAUGUCAUUGAUAUCAUCGAUAGAAAAAAUAAUGAUCAAUCUUAUUUAUCUAAAUAUACUUCAGAAGAACUAUUCAAUGAAAAUUCUUCAAUAGAUGAAGAUGGUUAUAAUGAUAAUGGAAAUAUGAAUGAUCAUUCAAGUAUAUCGAAUGAUACUCCUCCUCCUCCUCCUCCUCCUCCUCCUCCUACUACUACUACUACUACUACUACUACUAAUAAUAAUAAUAAUAAUAAUAAUAAUAAUAAUAAUAAUAAUAGAAGAUUAUUCAAUAGUCAUAAAAUCGAUAAUCGUAUUGACCAUGUAAAUCAUUCUUCUAGUCAAUCCAAUUGGAUGUGUAAACGUGGCAGUUCUCCACUUAUUAAUAUAAGUGAUAUGCCAACUAGUCGAACAGUAAGAACUGGUUCAUGUGCAUUUCUGCCACAAAUGAAUGAAUUUAAUUCAGCUAAAUUAAAUCGUAACUUUAAGUCAAAUAAACAUAUUGCUUUAGCUGCAAAAGAACAUGUGGAAUCAAUGCAUCAAAGUUUACGAACACGUUUAUUAUAUGGAAAGAAUAAUGUAUUAAUGCAACCGUCCAAUUCAUCAAAUCCAAUACCGGGUUAUUUAUCUUUAAUCGAUGGUGAAUGUGGUAAAUUGAUUGUACUUAAAUGGACACCUAAUUCAGCUGUAACUACUCCACAAAUGAAUAAUCAUAAUGAAGAAUUUUGUUUCUCUAAUGAUUCAAUACUGGAUUCAAGACUUGAAUUAGAUGAUUUAAAUGAAAAAGAAGCUUAUUGGGGUUAUGCAAUUAAAAUCAAAAUGUCUGAUGUUGUUUAUGGACAUUUACAUGAAUUUAAUAAUCAAUAUAUACUAACAUUCAUUCGAAAUGAUGGAAUCCAAUUAGCUCCAUUUCAUUUUUAUGCUCAAAGUCAUAUUCUUACAUUUUUAAAUUGUUUAGAACAAGGUUUAAAACAACGUGGUGGUUAUUUGAAUCCAUCUUCUGAAUUGGAUACAUCUACAUCAGUCACAUCAGAAUAUUCCAUGAAAUCUUAUCGUCCAUCAAUGCCAUUCAUUUUCGGUAAUCGUAAUUCAUUAUCACCUCCUCUAUCAACAUCAAUAACAAACAAUGAUACUAAGACAAAUUCAUCCAUAACAUCAUCUCAAAACUAUCCAUCUACACUUUAUAAUAAACCUUCUAAAUUAAAUCAAUCAUUAUCAUUAACAAGUUCAAAACUGAGACAACGUAUCUAUAUGAAUAUUUUAAAAGCAUUUAAUCAUACAGAUGAUAUGAAUAAUGAUGAAGAAUUACAAACACCAUAUUCAUCACCUUCUAUUUGUAUACCAGAGGAAAAAUGUCCUAUUCAACAUGUUUAUAUGAUUGUAUCUAAAACUAGAGAUAGUCAUGCAAUGGGAAUAAUGAAUAAUAUCAAUACAUCAUCUAUAUUAUCGAAACGACUCACUUUAGAUGGUAUUUCAGAAGAAACUAUCAAUGAAUCAGAUGAUAUUAUUGGACAGUCAAACAAUCAACUAUCUAUACAUAAAGAUGUAUUCAAGAAAUUACGUAAUAAAAUAUUAUCACAUGUAUUUCAUAAAUGGUACAAUCAUUUUAAUAAACUACGUACAGUCCGUAAAAAGUUAGCUGAUCUUGUAUCACCUAAUUUUUUAACAGUUGAUUCACCAACAAAUGCUGAAGAAGGUGUCACUGUAGAAUUUUGGAAUCAAUUAAUGACAAAUUCUAUUCCACAAAUCCCAUUCAGUGAACUUUGUCGUUAUAUUUAUUUUGGUAAUUGUGAUCCAACUAUUAGAAAUGAGGUAUGGCCAUAUUUAUUGGGUCUAUAUACAUGGAACUCAACUAGUGAACAAUUGAAUGCAAUCAAUAUACAACAAAAAGAGAUUUAUACAAAUGCUUUAAAUACAUGGAAUCGUGUUGUACAAUAUUUAAAACAAGAUGUUCGAUAUGCUAAUUUUAUAGCGAUUGUUCCACCUAAUAAUGAUUCAAAUGAAUUUAAGGAGUGUUUAGAUAAUUCAAAAUCACUUUCUAAUAAUGAAUUACCAAAGAACUCAACAAAACAACCGAAUGAUAUAAACAAUGUAGAACUAGAGAAUAAUGUAAAUGAUGAUAAUGGUUUACAUGAUAAUCGUUCUUCAACAGCAACACUUCCUAAUGAAAUAUCUACUUCUAAAUUAUCAAAUCUUUCGACUGAUUCACAAUUGUUUAUCAACAAUACACAUCAAGAUCAAUGUGAAUUUUCGCCAAAUACAUUAGAAAUAUUUGCUGAUAAUUUAUAUAGAAUUGAUAAAGAUGUUACAAGAUGUGAUCGAAAUCAUACAUUCUUUAUGACACCAAAAAAAGGUUCCAAAUCUUCACAUCCUAACACAACUGAAUUAAGUUCUAAUUUAAUUAAAUUACGUAAUAUUAUAUCAACAUGGGUAUGGUUACAUCUUGAUAUUGGUUAUAUACAAGGAAUGUGUGAUUUAUUAGCGCCCAUUUUAAUUAUUAUUGAAGAUGAAAUUAAAACAUUUGCAUGUUUUAAUUGUUUAAUGAAAUGGAUGUUACCUAACUUUCCACUUAUAAAAAAUUCUUUAUCUCAAUCAUCUAAUUCAAUUAAAUUAUCACCAUCUGAAACUCAUUUGUUACUAACGCCAUCAUCAUCAUCAUCAUCAUCGUGGUCGUCGAAGUCGAUGUCAUCAUCAAUGUCGACUAAUCAUAUAGAGAAAACAAUCAAUAAUAAUGAUAAUAAUGAUUGUACAAUUACACGUACGACUUUAUUACAAAUGGCUGUAAAAGCAGCUCGUCGUCGUACUACAACAAUGUAUAGUAAAGAUAAUACUAUAGAUAAUAUUACUAGUAGUAAUAAUAAUCACUCAAAACAACUUCAUUAUGAUAAUAAUACAUUGCGUUGUACAAAUAAACUCAAAGAAACACCAUCAUUAUCAUCCACAACAUCGUCGGCAGCAUCAUCAUCAUCAUCAUCAUCAUCAUCAUCUUCGACAUCGUUAGAGAGAAUCACUGAUAAAACAAUUGAACAAUCAUAUCAUCAUCAAAAUACAAAUAUAAUCAUUUCACCAUAUGAUAAACUAUUAUUGAACUCUUCUGAAUUAUCAGUACCAUGUAUGGAUAUAAGAUUUUCUUUUCUUCAAUCAUUAAUAGAAAUCUUUGAUCCAGAAAUGAAUAAUCAUUUAGCUCAAAAAGUACCAGAAGGACAGUUAUUGUUUUCAUAUCGUUGGCUAUUAUUAGACUUUAAACGAGAAUUACAAUAUGAUGAUAUCUUCCCUGUAUGGGAAACAAUAUGGGCAUCACGUCGUAUAGUUACAUAUGAUUUUGGUAUAUUUUUUGCAUUGGCAUUACUUGAAUAUUAUCGUGAUAUUUUAAUUUAUUAUAAUAUGGAUAUAACAGAAAUUAUUCGAUUUUAUAAUGAAUUAACCGAACAACAUGACUGUGUUACACUACUAGAAUUGGCACGUAGUUUUGUCUUCCAACUACAACAUUUAAUGGUAGACAGGUGAACUUUUAUUUUAGAAAGAAAGAUCUAUUCAAAUCAUUGAUUUUAUGAUCUUUAUUUUAUUGGUUUAUUUGUCCAGAGGUUGUUUUCGUUUUUUGAUUUCAUUUCAAAGAUGAUUGUAAUUUCAUUGUAUAACUAACUACACUUUGUAAAAAUCUAUACAAUAAUAAAAUUUACUUACUUAUGUCUGUUACCCAUUGUGGAGGAAAACAGGCCGCUCAAUAAUAUUCUCUAUCUAAAUCUGUCCUAGAAAAUCUUUUCUAGUUCUUUCCAGUUGUUAUCUAUCAUUACGACGUCCGCUUCUAAUUCACAACGUUAUGGGUUCUUCGACCUUCGUUCUUUUUUCAUUUCUCUUCAAGAUUCCAAGUUAGUACUUACCUCGUAAUAUAGUUUGAUGAUUUCCAAUGCCCUUUUCUUAAGUUCUUCUUCAACUGGAAGCUAGUUUUGUUCUCUCCUACUGGAGGCAAAACAAACGGAACUAAUAAUGUGUAUUUGUAUUACAAAAUUCAACUAAUCUAAAAGAACUGUGAUAUUUCUAAAUGUUGCUUUUCUAAAGAGUCAUUUCCUGCCUUUUCUUUUUGAGAAACUUAUUGUCAUUAUUAUUAACAGUAUCAUUAUGCUUGUAAUAUAAGUUCUUAUAUGGAUAUAUAAAGGCAUUUGAGAAAUGUCAAAGGUAAAUCUAAUGUAAUGUCAUGUUAUUCAUUGUUCAAUUAUCUUAUUAUUUGGGUAACUAUAAUUAUAUACUUUGUACAAUUUAUUUUCUUACUUCAUAUAACUAACAAUAGAUAUGGACAUACUAUUUGUUG